UUUUAUUUUUAUUUCUUUUACCUUUUUUGUAUAUGUUAAUAAGCAUAGGACAUCAUCUGGCAACUUUAAGAGACUUUUGGAGCUAGUGCUAGCUACCGUCAUUGGAAGUGAGCUGGCAACACUGAUUGCAGAUGAACAUUUAAUAUCCAGGAAUUCACAUUAUAGACGCUACCACUGACUAUCUGUGUAACAAUUUGGCCACAAUUUAGCACACUGACCAAACGCAGUCUAGCCAUAUACUAGGUUUCAACCUAGUCUUGUUGUUUGAGGGAUUUGAAGGUGUAAUCUCUCUGAUCCACUGAGGGGGAAAAUGGAGACAAAAGUGUGACUAAGCAAAUGAAAGUAUCAGUGCCUGUUGGUGCACAUAUAAAACACCCUGUGUCUUUAAGAAAGCAUGUUGUUUGUCCUACUAAAGUUAACCAGUAUCUGUUCUUCCAUUGAUUACACAGACCCUCCCAUUAACUUCCCUGUGGUGCAAUUAUAAAUUAACAAGAACAACCCUGACUAAGCUGAAAUGGCUGACUAAUCUAAUCACACACCGAUAAAAGAAAAGACACAUAAAACACAGCUAUACAAAAUAGCGAAGACUCUGUCUGGUAUAAAUUGAUGUUGCAUGUUGAAUCAUUUUUUUUUUUCCAAGGGCAAAAGAUGAUUGACACAAUAAAUUAAACACAUGACAAUAACUAUAAAAAAAUAACUAACUCACUCGGUUAAUAAACAAACAUGCAUUGCCGUCCCUAAUUUCUACCAUAUCUGUUACCACCUUUGCCCUGUCCCUCCCCAACAAUGUCCAUUGUCAUAUCUAGAUUUCCCUUCAAAGUCACAAGUCACAGCAGUGGAGCCACAACGUAGACCGAGACCAUCUCAGCCUCCGACAAAUCUGAGGAAGAGGGCACGCUGACAAGGUUUUUCUUUGUCAAUUUUGUCAGAGAAUCGUGGGUUUAAAAAUAAAACCUUACCUUCUUCUGUUGGCUGCAACAACAAACAGUGGAGCCACUUGGAUCUGAUGGAAAACUCUACAGCAGAUUUGAUUUGAAGCCUGAGGACCACUGCACACAGAGAGGAUUCAUUCUUCAUGAAGAGGGAUGUGCCAUCUUAUGAUUGUGAAGACUUUUUAAUUUAGGUGGACGAUUUUCUUUACAACCCUGAGCAGAAAUAGACUUGGAGUUGGAUCUAUGUCCUCUGAACUGGAAUAACAGAUAAAAGACAUCCGUAUAGAAAACAAAACAUUAUAUCACGCCUCUGAAAACCUACACUAAAUAUGAAUGGUUCAUCUCAGGCUUUCAGUACAUUCUAGGCUUUUUGUAAAAUAAAUCUUUCAACAUAGAAAGCAUUUUUUCAGCUGGAACAAACAAGCUAGUUUUAGCCAUGGCAGAGAGGAGAAGGGUGGGCUACAGCGUGCACAGGGAGAUCCUGGACGAGGGAGAAGUGGAUGAGAUGGCACAAAAGUCUGACUCAAAAACAUCUCUAUCUGAGAAGGUCAAAAAGUCAAUGAGCUGUUCUGGUCCCAGGUUGAAGAACUGCCUGCUGGGUAGCGUUCCUGUUAUGUCAUGGCUGCCUCGUUACUCCAUCAGAGAAAACGCCCUGGGUGACCUGAUCUCUGGAAUCAGUGUGGGGAUCAUGCAGUUGCCGCAGGGUAUGGCCUAUGCCCUGUUAGCAUCUGUUCCUCCAGUCUUUGGCCUUUACUCCUCCUUCUACCCAGUCCUCAUCUACUUCAUCUUUGGCACAUCCAAGCACAUCUCACUCGGAACAUAUGCGGUCAUGAGUGUGAUGAUAGGAGGGGUGACAGAGCGAUUGGCCCCAGACUCCAACUUUAUGAUAUGGGACAAUUUGACCAACUCAAGUAUAGUUAAUAUCAGCUCCCGGGAUGCAGAGAGGGUCCGAGUGGCUGCAGCUGUCACCUUCAUGUCCGGAUUAUUUCAGAUUCUACUCGGUCUAGUCCAGUUUGGUUUCGUUGUGACCUACCUGUCUGAGCCUCUGGUCCGAGGUUACACCACAGGCGCUGCCAUCCACGUCAUUGUGUCCCAGCUCAAAUACACCUUUGGCAUCAGCCCUGAGAGAUACAGUGGACCCUUCUCCUUGUUAUAUACUGUGUUGGAGAUAUGCUAUCUCAUUCCAGCGACAAACAUUGGUACUCUUGUGGUCAGUAUUGUUGCUAUAUUAGGCCUGAUCUUUGCUAAGGAGCUCAACACAUACUUGAGUAAAAAAAUACCUGUUCCUAUCCCUGUGGAGCUGAUUAGUAUUGUUAUUGCUACAGUGAUCUCCUGGCAAGUUAACUUGCAGGAGAAAUAUGGAGUGGAUGUGGUGGGCGUGAUUCCCUCAGGCCUCCAGCCGCCUGUUCUCCCAGAUGCCUCUCUGUUUGGUCAGGUGAUCGGGGAUGCCUUCGCUCUGUCUGUGGUUGGCUACGGCAUCGCCAUCUCACUGGGAAGAAUCUUCGCCCUAAAAUAUGGAUAUAAGGUGGACAGCAACCAGGAACUCAUCGCCCUGGGUCUGAGUAACACCAUCGGAGGAUUUUUCCAGUGUUUUGCCAUCAGCUGCUCCAUGUCUCGCACCAUGGUUCAGGAGAGCACAGGAGGGAAGACUCAGGUUGCCGGGGCUCUAUCAGCAAUAGUUAUCCUUUUCAUCACGCUCUGGAUUGGAACUCUCUUUGAAGAUUUGCCGAAGGCAGUGCUGGCCGCCAUCAUCUUUGUUAACCUCCAUGGCAUGAUGAAGCAAUUUAUGGACAUCCCUGCACUGUGGAGGAGCAACAAAGUAGACAUGCUGAUCUGGGUGGUCACCUUUAUCCUCACCUUGCUAUUCAACCCUGACCUGGGACUGGCUGCUGCCAUCGCUUUCUCCAUGCUCACCGUCAUCUUCAGGACACAGCUACCUAAAUACUCCAUAUUAGGGCAGAUACCAGCCACUGACAUUUACAGGCCACUUGAGGACUAUAAUCAGGUGAAGCAGGUGCCAGGGAUUUUGAUCUUCCGUUCCUCUGCCACCAUCUACUUUGCUAAUGCUGAGAUGUACCAAGAAGCCCUUGGAGAGAAGUCUGGCAUUGACAUUACCAAGAUCCUGUCAGCAAAGAAGAAACUAGAGGCCAAAAGAAAGCGACAUGAGAAGAAAAAUGCCAAGAAAGCUGCCAAGAAGAACACAGUGGACAUGGAGGGGGAGCCAGAGAGGGAGGAGCAGAAUGGCAUUGCCGUCAUUGAGAUGGAUGCUGAGCCUGACCCCUCGCUCCCCAGAGCCAUCGUCCUCGACCUCAGCCCCGUCAACUUCCUGGAUACUGUGGGAGUCAAGGCGCUACGCAGCAUCCAGAAAGACUAUGGGGAGAUUGGUAUACAGGUUGUUCUCGCUUGCUGCCAAACUGGUGUUGUGGACAACCUGCAGACUGGAGGUUACUUUAACGACAAAGUGACAAAGUCCUGUCUCUUCUCCACCGUCCAUGAUGCUGUUUUGCACUGUCAGUCUGCCAGAACACACAGACAAAAUGAGGAGAUCACAGCGACACACUUGUGAAUGCUCAGAGGAACGGAUGGAGGGACACCAGACAUUCUGUCUGUAUGAGGAUAAACACACACACAAACGCAUUGAAUGGGAAUGUUCAUUUCCUUUCCAAACAGUCAGUUUAGAUUUUAAUUUUCUAAGGAAGACAUUUGAUUUGGUGACGAACAAUACACACCACAUACUUCUGAAAAAAAAACCUGUACUAACUGAAACUGAUGCUUCAAAUAUGGAUGCAGGGUGUUCUCCUUUCCUGUCUUACUGGGACCGGCUGCUUUAUUCACACUCAAGACUUCAGUCUGCAUCUUGUUUAUCUACAGACGUGUUCAGUGAAUGUGUUUAUACUGUAUAAGAUUGUUCUCUGAGACAGUACUUCUGUCGGACGUUGCAGAUGCUCAUUACAGUAGCUCAAGCACAGAGAAUGUAGCGCCCCUGAUGAAACUGCAUAUGUACAGAUACAAUCCGCCAUGUUUUGAUCAGGAUGUUUUUUCCCCCAGUUUAAAGUUACACAUGUACAUGGGAACAACAAGAUGAUCAUCAUUUUUGAAAUCAUUUUUUUGUUCCCGUGUCCAUGUGUGACUUUAAUUUGUUUAACUGUUUGUUUCAUUUUUAGAGAGAAAAAAAAUGUCUGUAAGCAGUUAGAGGGGCGGGAAGGGAUUAAUUUCCACCACAAAGAUUUGUAAACACAUCAGUCCUAUGGUAACUAAAAUCAGGUAUGAGUCAUUGUUUAUUGGAAGAGGAACACUGAAUCAUGUUUAGUCAUAAAAAAAACUAAAUUUUCCAGUAAUAGCUUUUAUUUAAAAUGCCUUUUAUUUUCCUUAGAACAAAAACGGACAUCCUUUUCUCUACCUAUCCUGUCCUUCUUUGUUGGCUGUGUUGUUUUCCCCCUUUGUUCCAAGAUAGGGACGGGUGGAAGUGAGCAGGCUUCCCCUGGCCUGCUGACUGAUAAUAUUGUCAUUUGUUUUUGCUUUGUCUCACCACUCCCUCACACAUCAUACUGUCAGUUAGUCAGCCUGCAUACUGACUGACACUCUAUUGUUAUCUCACUUUACCUAAUUAAAACAUUUAGCAUCA